GGGCCCCGCGGAGCCUCCGCUGGCGCAGGGAUGCGCUCCGUCAGCUACGUGCAGUGCGUGGCGCUGGACUUCGCCGGCAGCCUCUUCCCGCACGCCAUCUGCCUGGGGGACGCCGACAACGACACGCUGAAUGAACUCGUGGUGGGAGACACCAAUGGAAAGCUCUAUGUUUACAAGAAUGAUGAUAGCAAGCCCUGGGCUGUGCGAUCUUGCCAAGGAAUGCUCACAUGUGUCCGUGUGGGAGAUGUGUGCAAUAAAGGAAAGAAUUUUGUGGUGGCUGUGAGUGCAGAAGGCUGGUUUCAUCUUUUUGACCUGACUUCUCUGAAUUCAAAACACCCAGAUGCUUCAGGCCACCAUGAGUUGGCAGGGGCAGAAGAGCAGAAGCCAGUGUUCAAGCAGCACAUUCCUGCCAACACCAAGGUCAUGCUCAUCAAUGACAUUGAUGGAGAUGGAAAGUGUGAGUUGGUUGUGGGUUACACUGACAGGGUGGUCCGUGCCUUCCGCUGGGAGGACUCAUCAGAGAAUCCAGACCAUGUCUCUGGGCAGUUGAUCCUGUUGAAGAAAUGGCUUCUAGAAGGUCAGGUGGACAGCCUAUCUGUGAACCCAGGCCCUGAUGGGUCACCAGAGCUGAUGGUGUCACAGCCAGGCUGUGGCUAUGCCAUCCUGCUGUGCACCUGGGACACGGAGCAGCGGGACACAGCCGCGGGAAGGGACGGAUCUGCGCCGAGCAGUGAGGCCCCUGUUCGAGAUGUGAUUCUACACCAAACAUCUGGGCGGAUUCACAACAAGAAUGUCUCCACUCAUCUGAUUGGUAGCAUUGCCCGAGGCUCCAGUGAGAAUAAUGGCUCAGGUCUCUUUGCCCUCUGUACUCUGGAUGGAACACUGAAACUGAUGGAGGGAGCAGACAAGCUGCUCUGGUCUGUUCAGGUUGAUCACCAGCUCUUUGCUCUGGAAAAGCUGGAUGUUACAGGCAAUGGGCACGAGGAGGUGAUUGCCUGUGCGUGGGAUGGCCAGACAUACAUCAUCGACCACAAUCGGACUGUGGCCAGAUUCCAAGCAGAUGAGAAUGUCAGUGCCUUCUGUGCAGGCCUCUAUGCAUGUAAAGAAGGGAGCAACAGUCCCUGCCUUGUUUAUGUCAGCUUCAGCCAGAAGAUCUACAUCUACUGGGAUGUGCAGCUGGAGAGAAUGGAGUCCACCAACCUGUUGAAAAUCCUGGAUGGUGACCCAGAGUUUGAAAGUCUCCUGGAGCAGCUGGAUGUAGACAAAAACGAUGUUUCUGCUGUCAGAAACUUGAUUCACAAAACACUCUAUUUUCCUGAGAAAUACCAUCUCAGCAGCCCCUCGCAGGAUCCUUCUGGAACAGAUUCUUCUGCCCACUGCAGUGGCAUCCAGGAUCCCCUGUAACAAGAAGGCUGACAUCUUUAAUGCCAGCAGAAGCUCUUCUGCAGCCGGAAUUGGGCAUCUGAUGAAGAUGACUGUUCUUUCCCUAUCUGGUGGAAACUUCCAAACAGGAAAGGGUCUACAGGCUGGGAAGGGAUGUUCUUGGCUAUAAGUUUGUCUGUAUGUGGCAGGAUGGUUUGCCUUUAGAUGAGGCAGCUACAAGAACAGAAAGGGCCAAGGAUCCUGCACUUAGGCCUUCUGUUGCCAGUUUCCAUAUUCCUCGCUAACUAAAGUGCUCCACUGGUCACUGUGAAGGAGCAGUGAAGUCACAGAUGAAGAGAACAGCUAAGCCAAGUCCUCCAUUUUGACCUAUUCUUACAAGUACUUCAGUGAAUACUUUUCAGUUCUUAGCAGGAUCACAGUGCAGGAAUUGGAGAUGGAGGAACUGAAGGUGCAGGCAUGGGCCUUCUCUACCACUUAGCUGUAUUUAAAGUAGAGCCAUGCAUUGUUUGUCUUUGCUUUGCUGCUGCUCUUCUACCAAGCAGUUUCUCACAAAUUGCCUGUUCUGAGUAGCUGGAGACAUGCACAACUUGCACUAAUAAGGUGUGGAGAGAUAGCAGCUCCAGCAAACCCAGCUCUAGUCAAGAGUCUUUGCUUGUCUCCAUCUUCUUGGGCAGGGUGAUCCCAGAGAAGGCUGUGACUUAACAAAGCAGCUGUGAAGCAGUCAGUAAGACCAGUCUGACUUAACUGUGGAUCUGUGGUGCUAUGAGAGCUUGGCCAUCCCACAAUAAGCAGUGGAAAUGCCACUCUUGUGUCUUGUUGUGGAGAGCGUCAUGCUUUGAGUCCUGCAGAACUGAAAGAGGUGGGUUGGAAGUGAUGUUCCACGGGCUGGCAUGAGGAGUCUGGUAAAGGGGAGCUCAUUUGCAAAAGCCUAGGCAAGAACUUUCCACAUGCUGUUGUUACUGUGCUUUUCCCUCUCUUAGCUUGUCUCUUUCCUAACUCAGCUUGUUAGGAAAGGGGCAGCAUGCUCACCUGCUGGCUUGCAUUGAUUAUCCCCUCUCACUUGUGUGAUGUUUUAUUGGACACGUGUGAUGGAUGGAGCUGUCCCUUUGCCCUUCCAGCAGCCUGAGUCACAGCAAAUACAAUUCAGUGAUCUGGAGCAAGUGGCAGCAUUUAAAGAUCCUGCAGGCAGUUGAAAACCUGCUGUGCUUUACUCUGCAAAAUACCCAAGGGCAGCCCUAACUGGGAGAAAAUGCUUUGUAUACAGAAAAGGAGUGUCUUGCCCUUGGGUGAAAGUGACUAUUGCUGAAGCAGCCCUGUGUGGUAGAAGGGCAGGAUCUUUAUAUAAUAAGGCUUAGCUGUUCUUUGCAGUUUCCCUCUGUAGAUUUAUGUAAGCUUUUCAGAGGACAGUGCUGUCCUCUGCCUUUGGUAGCAGUGGAAGUUGGAGCUUGGAGCAAUGAAAUGGUGUGACCUGCUCUGUACCUGCUAGCUUGCUUCUCAGGCCACUGUAUCUUCUGACUCUCUAACUGCAGUAGAAGUUUCUCUCCAUUUUAAUGGCCUUGCUGAGAAGCAUUUUUAAAUGUUCUCCUAAGUGCUUGUGUAAAACUGGACCCUUCAGGCAGGACCUUUCAAGUAAUAAUAAAGCUUAUUAACAGUGGUGUUGAGAGCAGCAAGGCUGGAGUCUGUGCGCUGUGGAGAGCUAAUACCACAGGGACCAUUUACUCGUGGGCUAAAGCAAAGAGUUUGUCUUGAAGCUAUUCGGACCUAGACUGUAACCUCAACACAUUGUCAGCUCUUGUGACACUGAGAUGUGCAGCCACCCAUCCCAACAGGAAUCAUCACCAUUGCUUCUGGCAAAUAGGGCCUGGCAGGGAAACAGGAUGGCCUACACUUGUAACAGAACAACUAAGUGCUGUCUGUCCAUGCCAAAUAUAAACCUUUAUUAGCAACACCAAAUAUAAACCUUUAUUAGCAGCACAAGCACAAGGGGUGUACAAAUGGGUGCAUAUGGCUGGAACUGUUUUAUGCAAAACAAACUUUGCUGUACAGGUUGAAUGAUUUCCAAGAAAGGAAGGUCAAACUGUUGGACUGUUAAUUGUUGAGAAAGAAUGGGAAACGGUUGCUGAGGAAGAGAUGACAUUUUUCUAAGAGCCAUCUUUAAAAGAAAACAGGGCAAAAGCCUUGCAAAUAUUGUGCACCCCAACCCUCUUUUGCUGGCCUGAGGAUAAAAUUGCUGUGCAAGCCCAGGCAAUGCACACUAUGAAAAGCAGAGGUGAGAAAAUACAGACUCUACAAAAACAUCUGUUCCCCAAAACUUUUCAGCUCUUAAAAACCAUUGGAGAGGAAAAAUACUAACAUUUGAGGGCUUCCCCUGACAGUUUUAUAUUGCAUGCAGCACAUAAUAACUUGCAGAUGCAUUUUGCUCCUGUGCCUCUUGUGCACAAGACAAAAUGAAAAGUGUCUACAGAAGAAUUAACUGAACAUCUGUACCAUUCCUUGGCCAAAAGAUGGCUUUCCUUAGUUUUUCCUGCCUUGAACUCCUAAGUGCCAAAUACUUCUUGAAGUCUGUUGUUCAGGCUACUUCCACUGGCAACAGUUUUUCUGUGAAGUGUCCAUCUUCUCAGGAAAUGAGCCACUUAAGGCCCUGUCUCUGGAGCGAUGGAGUUACAUUUUACUUUCUUUGUAACUAAUUGUCUCUUUGUCCUUGCCAGCCAACACAAGCCACAGAGUUGGAAUUAGAAGUGGUUCCUUCCCACACAGCAGAAAAUGUUUGCUGUAUCCUACUCUAGCAGAUUGGCAAAACUUGCUGGUGCUGGGAAACUUUUCAACAGGGCAGCAUUUGCAGGACACCUUUGUAUGUCCCAGUGCCAGCACACAGCAAGUGAGGAGUCUGACAGUAUUCUCAGGCACUGGGGGUAUUUGCAGAUAAAUGAUUCAUGGCUUUGGUUCUGAUGCUCAAUUUACUAGCAAAACAAUAAAGGGAGAGGGUUGCCUUAUUUUCCUGAGACAUAAUAAACCUGCUCUCCAUCCCUGCCCUCAUUUUUAUGAUCUUUCUGCUAUAAUUUAGUUAUUUCUGUAACUCUUCAGGUGUAUCCUGGCAUGUGCCAGUGGAGUCUCUUGAAAAGAGGAUUGAAUGCAAAUGUACGUAUGUGGCUCAAUGGUCUUCAAUGCCAUAGCUCACCUGCUGGGAGUGAAAGAAGGAGCAAGCCUCUGGGAAUAUGGAUCCUGCAGCUCCCAUUCUGUUCAAAACCAAGUGACCCCAAGCUCCUGGAAGUGGUCCUGAUUAUGGCUUUGGCAGAGUGCAUGUUCUCAGGAAGGACAGAAGUCCUUCUCCUCACCCUGAGCAUAUUGCACACUGUUCCAGAGAUUUGCCAUGGCAGGUGUUUCCCUGCAGACUUUGCCACAACUGCUGUGCCCACUCUAUUAGAAAGCAGCCCUGAUAGGAGCUGAGCACCGAGGUGGUUCAGAGAGAUUAUCCCUAAAAUAAUAACAUUCCAUUUUUUUGUAUUGAAGGGAAAGGCCUCAUCAUGAGGAAGCCAGUGUUGGACACGUGCUGGAUGUGCAAUGUCCUGCUCUGAGCUGGCAGUUUGUACUGAACUUCUGCUUUCUGUAUGAAAGUGUUAGCAUUUUUUGAUCUUCAGUGAAAAAGACCUUUAGAUUAUUCCUUUGUUCCCUUUAUCUCCCAGAAGCAAUAGAGAUGACUGGAAUUGGGAGUAGGGAAGUGUAUCUGUAUAAUAGGCUUUUCCAAGAGAAACUACAAUUAAGACAGUCUUCAGCCUUGCAAACCCACUCAAAAAUUACUCACUGUGCUUCCCAGUAUUGUAAGACGUAAAAAUUACCAUGUUUGUAGAUGGGAGUUGUGUUGGCUUCUUUUAGAUGUUAUAAGUCCUAUUUUACAAUCACAUAUUAAAGCCAAGACUUCCUUCUUUCACAAUGGAGGCUGUGCUUCCGAUGUAAUGACAUUUGGAGAAAGGAAAAUGUUUGUGGGCUAGAAUUCAGAAUACACAUGUCAAAUGCA